AUGUGCCUGGGAUUUGGAUUUAGAUUUAUCAGAUGACGAGCUUUUAAGCUCUUAUCCACUUAUCCUUGAAUUCCACUUUUCUUGAUCUACUUGCGGCAGACUUCAGAGAAAGUAGUGCUGUGAGUUUGCUGACGCGCAGAUUUCGCAGAACUUAAGAAAGUCGUAAAUAUAUUCAGAGGCUUUUAAUGGCGGGGAGUUCAAUUUUCGAUCCUGAGCUGGCCAUCUCUCACAAAUUCCCUGAGACAACAUUCACCUAUAAUGAAAGAGAUGUAGCACUCUAUGCUCUUGGUAUUGGUGCAUGUGUAGGGGAUGCCUUGGAUGAGAAAGAGCUGAAAUAUGUCUACCACAUGGACGGACAGCCAUCCAUCCAGGUCUUGCCAAGUUUUGCUGCUCUUUUUACUCUUGGAGCUGCAGGAAGCAUCCAACAGCUACCAGGGCUGCAAUUUGAUCCGCGUCUUCUAUUGCAUGGUCAACAAUACAUAGAAAUCUACAAGCCGUUACCUACAAGUGGCUGUAUGCAAAAUAAAGUUGCAGUUUCUGGAUUGCAUGAUAAAGGAAAAGCAACUGUUGUUGAGAUGGACACAGUAAGUUAUGAUAAAGAGUCUGGUGAACCACUUUGCAUGAACCGAAUGACCAUCUACUUGCGAGGUGCUGGCGGCUUCUCAAAGCCAUCAGCUCCGUAUUCAUGCUCAAAGUAUCCAGCCAAUCAGAUUUCACCUGUUAAAAUUCCAAAGAGUCAACCUUUUGCAGUAUAUGAGGAUUGUACCCAAGAAUCUCAGGCACUACUAUACAGACUAUCAGGUGACUAUAAUCCUUUGCAUUCAGAUCCUAAGAUUGCAGAAAUUGCUGGGUUUUCUCGUCCAAUUCUGCAUGGGUUGUGCACCCUCGGGUUUGCAGUUAGGGCAAUUAUCAAAUGCAUUUGCAAUGGAGAACCAACCAAGGUGAAAAGCAUUAUGGGCCGUUUUCUUUUACACGUUUACCCCGGCGAGACACUGAUCACAGAAAUGUGGCUUGACGGAACAAGGGUCUUAUAUCAGACAAAGGUAAAAGAACGAAACAGGACAGUUCUGUCUGGGUAUGUAGGUCUCCACCACUUAACUUCAUUAAUGUGAGUUCUACCCAUGCAUAAACUACACUGAAACUCCUGAAUCCGGACUGCACAUUUUGAGCCUUUCUUUUAUUAAUAACGAAGGACACCAACUGGUGAGUUGAUGCUCCACACUGGCUCAAGUUGUUUGGUAUGGCUACUUUGAAAAAUGGCAAAUGCAGGCCCUAUUUAUAGAAGUGAAUAAUUUAUGAGAUGUGUUUCACAAAUAAUUGUCGAUAAUGAGCUGAUGAUUUUCCUACCUCCUCUGUAUUUUGCAAUUACCGAUGUAUGGGAUUUAAGUAAUAGUUGAGCAA